AAAUCUUUCUUACCGAAUGUAUCUCUAAAGCGCAAUUCUCGCUACCCGCAAGUCAUUCUCUCAAACCCAGAAGCCACGUCUACUUCUACGUCGUCCUCUUUGUAUCCUACUAUUGACAUGAAAGACGUGGCGGACAACAAGAAGAACGAGGCAGUUUCACCACUGGGUUCAAACUCCGAAGCCCAUGAAGAAAUCUUGAUCAAAAUCCCAGGAUCAAUCGUUCAUUUAAUUGAGAAAGAUCGUAGUGUAGAAUUGGCUUGUGGUGACUUCUUUAUUGUGAGUCUUAAACAGGGUGAAACCACUGUUGCUGUUUUUGCUCGUGUAGAUGAUGAUAUUCGGUGGCCUUUAGCUAGAGAUGAGGCAGCAGUUAAGCUUGAUGAAUCACAUUACUUCUUUACUCUUCGUGUGCCUGAAAAUGAAUCGUACGGGGGUCAGUUAAAUAAGGGAGAGGUUGAGUUGUUGAAUUAUGGGGUAACUUUUGCUUCGAAAGGCCAAAAGGGCUUGUUGAAGGAGUUCGAUAAGAUAUUGGAAUGUUAUAGUUUGUUUUCGGUGCAAGAAGUGAAGAAGAGUGGAGGGAAGUCGGAGGUAAUUGAUUGGAAUGUAGCGAAGGAGAUAUCGCCGGAUGAGUUAGAGAAGAAUAAAGAAUUGAUGGAGAAGAGUUCUUCUGCGUAUUGGACAGUGUUGGCUCCUAAUGUGGAGGAUUAUAGCUCGUGUAUUGCAAGGACGAUUGCGGCCGGGUCAGGGCAGCUGAUUAGGGGGAUUUUGUGGUGUGGAGAUGUGACAGUGGAUAGGUUGAAGUGGGGCGAUGGGUUCCUCAAGAAAAGGAUUCGUAAGGGUAAGGAUUCAGAUAUUAGUCCAGGGACUUUGAGGAGGAUCAAAAGGGUAAAGAAGUUGACAAAAAUGUCAGAGAAAACGGCUGUUGGGAUUCUUUCGGGGGUAGUCAAAGUCUCUGGAUCUGUUACAAGUCCAAUUGUGAACUCUAAAGCGGGCAAGAAAUUUUUUAGCCUAUUGCCUGGUGAAGUUAUUCUUGCUUCCUUGGAUGGAUUUAUCAAGGUGUGUGAUGCUAUUGAAGUUGCUGGAAAGAAUGUCUUGUCAACCUCAUCACUUGUCACAACUGGAGUUGUCUCACACAGAUACGGAGAAGAUGCUGCAAAGGUAACACACGAAGGACUUGAUGCUGCAGGACAUGCUAUUGGCACUGCUUGGGUUGUGUUUAAGAUAAGAAAGGCUCUUAAUCCAAAGAGUUUCUUCAAAGCAACAACUCUUGUAAAAGAUACUGCGAAGGCAAAUGCGGCUAAAAUGAAGGCUAGUAAAUACAACAAGUAAAGACUAAAGCCAACUGGUCUUGUUAGGUUUUAUUUUAUUUUAUUACUAAAGUCAACUGGUCUUGUUAGGUUUUAUUUUAUUUUAUUUUUUUAAUCUGUUUAUGGGAACAAGGGUUAGGAAGUACCAUGAGGCUUCUUUUGGCCUGUUGAAUUCCUUAAGGCAAGGGAUUCUUCGGUAGUUUGUCAGGGAAUGCAAAUCUGUAGUUGUAUGUUUGAUUUUGUUCACUUAUCUAAUGGAUGAUUCAAGGAAUCGAGUUUGUGUCU